AUGGGUAACGUACACAAAGUAUUUUACUUCUGUCUCAUGUUUAUUUUGGGAUUCGCCAAAAUAACAUGCGAAGCAAAUACGUUGGCCAGAGUUACGCCUGAGGGUCGGUUAGUUGGUGGCACCAAUGCAGCUGCUAAUAGUGCUCCAUACAUUGUGUCUAUACAAAAAGGUGGUGUCCAUUAUUGUGCCGGAAGUAUUUUAAACCAAAAUUGGGUCGUUACCGCCGCGCAUUGUUUGACUUCGUCAUCCCAGGUUAUGAGCAGUACCCUCGUCGCUGGAAGUAUUUAUGUUGCAGGUACCGGUACUACAACCCAAAAAAGAUCAAUUGCUUAUUAUGUUGUAAACGAUUUGUAUUUGGGUGGAACCACACCGUACGACAUUGGCUUGGUCUACACUAAAACACCGUUCCAAUGGUCGAUUGCUGUGGCCGCUGUUUCGUUACCCGUUAGCGGUACUGUUCCCACUGGAAAUGCUCUACUUUUUGGUUGGGGUAGUACGUCAACAACAAAUACUGCUGCAUACCCUUCGAUACUACAAACGGCAACAGUUCCCAUCAUUUCUUUGGAUUCAUGUGAAAAAGCUUUGGGAUCAAAAGGCGCCGAUGUUCACAACACAAAUCUGUGUACAGGACCUUUAACCGGCGGCAUUGGUAUUUGUACCUCGGACUCUGGUGGACCAUUGGUACAACAAGUAAAUGGUAAAAAUGUCUUAAUUGGUAUUGUUUCAUGGGGCAAAUUGCCAUGUGGCCAGCCCAAUUCGCCAUCAGUGUUCGUUCAAGUGUCAUCGUUUAAUACAUGGAUUGCUCAAAAUCAAGUUGUGCCAUCUUCAUUGGGUUAA